AUGGAGAGCUCACCAUCUCAAGCUAGGUGGGAGCAUCUCCAACAACUCACCAUGAACAACACCAGCCAGGAGCUGAACAGCCUGCAUCGGAUUUACAUCGGUACAGAGUGCUUGGUUGCUGUCUUGGCCACUCUGGGAAACAUCCUGGUCAUCUGGGUGGUGAGGCUGACCUCGACGUCUCAGAACAUGACCCUGCACUUCAUCGUCUCCCUGGCGCUGGCUGAUAUCACAAUGGGGAUCCUCAUCAUGCCCCUGGCCAUCGUGGUGAGCCUGGGCAUCAGCGCCCACUUCUACACCUGCCUGGCCAUGUGCUGCCUGAUGGUGGCUUUCAGUAACGCGUCCAUCCUCUCCCUCCUGGCCAUCGCCAUUGACAGGUACCUGCGGGUGAAGCUGCCAACCAGAUAUAAAACAAUCACUACAGAGAGAAGAGUUUGGUGGGCACUGGGUUUGUGCUGGUUUCUGUCCCUGCUCGUAGGACUAGUCCCCAUGUUUGGGUGGAACCAGGCAGCAGCAGGAACCUCGGAGUUUCUCAGGUGUCAGUUUACCUCUGUGGUGAAGAUGGAUUACAUGGUGUAUCUUAUCUUCUUCACAUGGACCCUUGUCCCUCUGCUCAUCAUGUGUGCUCUCUACAUUGAAAUCUUCUACAUCAUCCGAACGAAGCUGAGUCAAGGUUCAAUGAACGCGAGAGGGACCAGAGGGUUUUAUGGUCGGGAGUUCAAGACAGCCAAAUCUCUAGCACUUGUUCUCUUCCUGUUUGCAGUAUCCUGGUUGCCCCUGUGCAUUAUAAACUGUGUUUCCUAUUUUUACCCCAAGUCUGAGAUCCCCGAGUUCUUGACGUACUUGGGAAUCCUGUUAUCCCAUGCCAAUUCUGCCAUGAACCCCAUUGUCUAUGCUUGCAAGAUAAAGAAGUUCAAGAACACAUACCUUUUCAUUGUAAGGACCUAUAUCCUGUGCAAAACCCCAGAGCCAGUUCUGUGCAAGAAAACACAGCAAACACCAGAACAGCGGUCGUAA